GGGGAGCUCGGUGGAGACGACGCCGUCGCCGCCACCAUAUUGAGGGGGAUCGCGGGCGAGAGAAGUGGCAGCGGGGCCGAGCAGCGCCACGACUAACAAACUAAAACCCUUUCCUGAUACACCAAUAUAAUCGCAGUACUCACAUACAUACAUACAUACUCUCACAUUUCUCACCAGCAAAGAUGAGCGAUAUCGACGAAGCAGCCUACGAGGGGAGGGUUAAUAUUGAAGAAAUGGAAGAGUAUUUUCCAAGAAUGUGGAAGAAUAAUCAAGAUAACAGAAGGCUAAUCACAAGUAUUGCAGAUCAGAAAAAUUUGAGAAAUCAGAAAAAAUUUGAAUGGGAAAUGAACAGAAGAUUGGUCAGAUAGAAGAGCUUGCUUUUAUAAGGCAUUAAUGAAUUGUUUGAAUUGGGAAGAAUACACGGAGUAUGAAAACUCUGGAAAUGAAGAAAUGAAGAAAAUAGAAAGCAAGAGUGAACUAAAAUUAAAAGAAUCUGGAAAAUUAAAAGAAUCUGGAAGAUUGAAUGUGUCCUAGGUUAAGUAAAGAGUCCCGUUCGCCGUCGAAAUCUCCAAGUGGAAGCGCUGGCCGUGCAAAAUCAGAAAGUCGGUCUGGAUCCCGCAGUCCAUCUAGAGCCUCGAAGCGCUCAGAAUCACGAUCACGAUCAAGAUCCAAGUCUAGAUCUCACUCACGGAGACACUCUCAUCGGCGCUAUUCACGGUCCAGAUCGCGUUCCCACUCACACCGAAGGCGAUCCCGCAGCAGAUCUUAUACGCCCGAGUAUCGAUCGCGGAGAAGGAGCCGUAGUCAUUCACCAAUGUCUAGCCGAAGGCGCCAUGCAGGAAGUAGAACGGGCCAUGUGUCGGCGAAACACGGAGGAGCAUUGAUAGUAGAUGUGGAGAAGUCUGCUGCCCGGACUGCCCCGUCAUCCCAGAUGAAGGAUGAUUCCUGGAGGCGAGCAGGAUAUGGGAAGAAAGAAGGCAAACUUGGUUCUCAAAACGCAAAUCCAGAUCCAAACACCUGCCUCGGUGUUUUUGGCCUUAGUUUGUACACAACUGAGCGGGAUCUUCGCGAAGUGUUUUCUCGUUAUGGACCAUUGGCGGGUGUCAAUGUUGUCUAUGAUCAGCGGACUGGCCGUUCAAGAGGAUUUGCCUUUGUUUACUUUGAGAGAUUAGAGGAUGCUAAGGAGGCAAUGGAACGUGCUAAUGGGAUGGAAUUAGAUGGUCGGCGAAUUCGUGUAGAUUAUUCUAUUACAAAGAGGCCCCAUACUCCUACACCUGGCAUCUACAUGGGAAGACCAACCCACAGCAGUGGAGGCGGUGGUGGUGGUGGUGGUGGUGGUGGUGGCGGCGGAGGAGGAGGAGGUGGAGGUCGUCGCCGAGAUUCAUAUUACGAUCGAGGCUAUGAUAAAUAUGAUCGCUAUGAUGAUCGAGACUACGAUUAUCGAUACAGUAGACGACGAUCUCCAUCACCUUAUUACAGUAGAGGAUACAGAUCGCGCUCCAGGUCUCGUUCCUAUUCACCACGUCGUUACUGACCCAGACUCUACUGCUUGCUGGACAACUGUCUGAAGAUUUUUAAUCAAUGUGUUACGGCAAAUUUUUUUUUUUUGAGGGUGGUGGGGUUAAGAUUUUGGUAGUUGUGCAUGAUAGUUUCUGUGGCUAUAUAACUGCUUUGGAAAGCCAUUCUAAAAGCUACUUGCUUGAACUGAUUUAUGUAGUUCAUAACUUGAUGUAAGGACACGACAGGGCUGGAAUUUAAUGGUGAUCUUUUAAUUACCAAGCGCAGGUUGUUUUUGAACAUGCAAAUGCCAAUAUUCAUUAGUUUUGUCCUGGUGUUUGACUUUGUCAUGAGAUUGUAUUUGCUGUUUGAAGCUCUCCUAGAGUUCUGUUAUUUUUUAUUGAAAUAAAACCAAUGUAAUCCUUCAAAAGAUCAGUAUACACAUUUUACAAAAUAACUAUUGAAAAUGUACAAAAUGGUAGAUUGUUGGAAUGUCAUUUUAGGAAGAUACUUCAGAGAAAACGGAUUCAAGUCUUGGAAUUUACUAUUCCAUAUGGGUAAUAGCGAGCGCUAAAUUUCUGCCCUAGGUUGAAAAUGUGAUGUGAUGGAACUCUGUAACAAAGUGUCUUCACAGUUGUAAGGAUUAUAAGAAUUAAAUUUUUUUUAGUUAAUGGUGUAUUUCUAUAUUUUGGCCUGCAAUAUAGUCCCUGCAUAUUGACCAACUGAUAUAAUGUACAAAAGCUUACUGAAUAUUAAAAAUGCCUCCUGAAUUGGCAGUA